AUGAACCCGUUCAACACCUUUCCCAAGGAACUGCUGGAAAUCAUUUACUUGCAUGCUCAAAAUCGGGAGCUGAAUAACACAUGUCGACUGUGGAGGGGAAUAGGGUCGUCAGUGCACGUUAGAUCGAAAUUGUUGUUGAUUUUGUACGAACUCACGAGUUCUAGCGGAGACGCCCAAACUUACGGAAAGUUCAGACAAAAGCUCGAUCAUCCGGAUUGGGGAACUUGGGCGGACAACAUCGAGUACGACUAUCACGACCGCGACAACGCUACCCGAACAGAACGGAGGGAACACCAUGCCAAAUACCUGUUAUUAGCAACCGACCAAGGCUUCACGCCCAAAGUGGUAUCACAUAUAAUAGAGAACCUGCCGCUCCCAGGUCCGCCAAACAUUUCAGGGAUGCUAAUCGACCUGAUCAUGAAAGCCGGGCAUUGGGAGGUGUUCAGGGACACGUUGAAUGGGAUGCUGACCGCAGACCAGGCGAGCAUCGUUAUGAACGACGCCGCCCGGCAUGGGCAGUAUGACAUUGUGCGGGCGAUGUUGGAGCAUCCGCACCUCCCCACGGGAGAUGCCUUGGUGCACGCCGCAGAUCACGGGAGAGAAGACAUGGUUCUGCAGAUGCUAAAAACCGCCGAUGCCUCGGAGGGAGGCAUCCAGAAGGUCUUUGCUGCACCACUACGGCGUAGACCUCAGUCCUAUUCCGAAGAUGGCGCGCAGGAUAGCGGGCCCAUCACAGCAGGUGUAGUCGAAGACAGGACAAGGUCCCCGUACAACCCCUUCGACCGGUACGACAGGGCCGCUGCCAUAAGGGCUGCCAGGGCAGGACAUACCCCGGUCCUUCGCGCCCUGCACCGUUUCGGCGUCAACCUCCGCGCGUACGACCACCUGGCCUUUUGCUACGCGUGCGAGAACGGGCAUGUCGACGCUGCGCGGUACCUUUAUACGACGUGUGGAGUUGAUGUGAAUGCGCGUAAUGGGUACGCCCUGCACUGGGCGUGCCUUCGCGGGAAUAGUGAGAUUGUCAGGAUGCUUGUUGAGGAGUGUGAAGGGUUGGAUGUGGAUGCGAACGGAAGUGUGGCGAUUAAGGCGGCGUUUGGGAUGGGGAGGUGGGGUGUCGUGAGGAUCUUGGCUGGGAAGAGCGAGGUUUGUCGGACGUAUCUUGAGACUGCUUGUGAGAAGUAUGGGUGA